GGCGCAUUCUGGCGACGCCGUCAAGCUCUGUCUCGAUGGCCACCGAUGGGGCGACUCUGACGCCGACGAGCAAGGUGCGGGCAGGCGGCGACACCGACACUGACGACGGCAGCUCCGACAGCAGCCCCGACUCUUCGGAUGGCGUCGUCUCAGAGGUGCCGGCCCUCUCGCCAAGCCUCCCGUGGUACCGCCGCGGCGGGCUGCACGUCUUGGAGCCCUCGCACGGGCUCGUCCUGGCUGCGGUGUACUUCACGCUGUUUCGCGAGCUGCUCGGCCCCUCGUGGGGCGGACUGCACAGUGCCUACGUGGUCGUCGUCAUCUGCUGCUUGCUGCACGGGCGGCUGCCCCGCGGCGCGGUAUCCGACGCGCGGUGGUUCUUCUGCUGCGUGGUGAUGCCCCUCUACUUUGCGAGCGUCCCGCUGGUCUUCGCGCUCCCCGCGCCCGCCCUCUCUCUGCUCGCCGCCCUCGUGCUCCUCAUCCUCAAGGUCGGGGUCUGCAUGUCCGUCUGCCUCCACCGCUACGCUGCGCACGGCGCCUUCAAGUGCGGGCCAGUCACGUCGCUCGCCAUCCAGUGGAUCGGAUGCCUCGCCAACCAGGGCGGCUCCGUCUGGUGGGCCGCCAACCACCGGUGCCACCACAAGUUUUGCGACGUGGACGGCAGCGUCCGCGACCCCCACUCGCCCCAGCUCGACGGCGCGGCAAACGCGUUUGCCUUUUUGUCGGAGCACGGCACGGUCAAGGAGGAGUUCACGCCGCGCCACUGCGACGGCGUCGCCGCGCGCGUGCUGGACACCUUCUCCGCCCUCCCGUGCGUCGUCGAGCUGUGCGCGAUGCGCGCGCUCUUCGGCACGGCCGGCUUGUGGGCCUCUUUCACGUCCGGCUACCUCUCGCAACUCCUCACGCUCUGGUUCAACGUGGUGAACCACGCCACGGAGGAGGGGGAGGAGGCCGCGCCCGGGGCCGCGCCAGGGGCCGCGCCCGGGGCCGCACCCGAGCUUUCGCGGGCGAAGGCGUGCCGCGCGACCGACGUGCGGUCGGCCCUCAGCCCCAACCUGUUCUUCGAGUGCCUCAACCGGCUGCUCUGGGUGGGCGUCCUGUGCGGCGAGGGCACGCACGCGCACCACCACGCCUACGGCAGCCUCGCCCACCGCCCGGGCGUCGACUUGCCCUUCCACAUCUUUAUCCGGCCCCUGCUCGCUCUCGGGCUCGUGUGGGACCCGAAGCUGGCGGGGAGGGACAAGGCCUCCAAGGUGCACUGAGAGUACACGCUCUCCGCCGGGGACGCCCAGGACUCACAUACUGAGACCCGCAGAUUGCUGCCGCCGAGACCGCACUUUUUGGUGGCUCUGACUGAGCGAGCGCUCCGCGGGAGUGACCGCGCGCGAGGGCUGCGUGAGACACCCCUAGCCGCACCACUGCCGCCACAACCGCACUUAUCAACUACUCUCACAACUCUCAAGAGAUGACAGUUCGCGUAGAGGGUGUGGAGGAUGAGUUCUGAGGAGAGAUUUUUCAAUACCUUAAA